CAUAUCAGGUUAAAAAAGAAAGAAGAUGCUAAGAUAUUGUGCUUCUCAGGUAAGAAACCUAGUCGUAGCGAAUCCAUUGAGCAGUGAAGACGUGCAGUAAUCGAUGACGUGUCGUCAAAAGAAAGUGAUAGGAUAGCAUGGGAAAACAACCCACUGGCCUCAACUUCACCAACGACGCCGACGUGGAGCAGAGCAGCCACCACAAUACUCGUAAGUGAGUGCGCGUAAAAGGAGAAAAUAAAAAACACAGAAGCACACAACCACAGUCAACCUUUGUAUCUUUCUUUGCAUUACCCAAUUGCACAGUCUUCUCUCUCUCUCUCUGCUCUGUUUUUGUUUGUAGAACUACUCUAAAACUAAAACCCUAUUCCUCUGUUUUUGUUAUUCCCACGAUGAUGCCUCCUUCUCAGCCACCUCAUUGGGCCCCAUCUCCCACACCAAUCCUCAGCAAGUCUUUCCUACCCCCGACGUCAAACUCGCCGGCGGUUGACUUCACUCCGCCCUUAAUAGCAAUGGUCGUCGUCGUCGCCGCCGCGUUUCUUGUCGUCACCUACUCCCGCCUCAUCGCGCGCCACCUCAGACCACCCUUCCACCGCCUCCUCCGCCGCUUCCGACGCCGCCGCUUCCUCCCCUCCUCCGUCGGCGACCUCGAGUCCCUCCCCUACGAUUCUCCCUUCGACGGACCGCACGUGUUCUCCCCCUACGGUUUGGACGAAACGGUUAUUAAAACAAUCCCGUUCUCGCUUUAUACAGCGAAAUACGACGCGCGUUUUGAUGAGUCUCGCUACGACUGCGCCGUUUGCUUGCUCGAAUUCGAAGACGAGGAUUACGUAAGAACGCUUCCCGUUUGUUCACACACGUUCCACGUGGACUGCAUCGACGCGUGGCUUCGCUCGCACGCUAACUGUCCUCUCUGCCGCGCUGGAGUUCUCUGCACCGAUUCACCUUUCACUCCGAUGAUGGCCGCUAGAAUCCGACCGAGCCUCGACGACGACACAAUUCUCCACCGUAUCAGUAUAGAUCCUCUCAUCGAUCUGCCGCCGCAGCCUGCGUCGGCGGUGGCUAUAUCCUCCGUGUCGGAGAUUACUCCCUGCGUCGACGAGAACACUCCGAGGAGGAACCAGAACCAUGCGAACGUUAACUCAGAGGAUUGUUUUAGGGAUUUUCUGCUGAAGAGGUCUUACUCGUUUGGAUUUGAACGGAGUCUGGCGUCGGAGAGGAUGGUGAUGGAACCGGCGACGGCGUCGCCGUGGCGGUACCGGAGAGGGAGUAGUAGUUUCUGGAGCAAGAGGCCCUCGCCAUUCGGAUCAUUGGGGAAGCCGAGGGUGUUUUCGUUCAGGUAUUAUAGAGGGAUGAAGUCACCGUUCUUCCGGAGGAGGGGUUUUUUCCCGUUGUCGGAGUCGAGCGUGAGGUACGGCAGCGGGGGGAGCUCGUCGCGGCGGAGCAAGUCGAUAGCGAGUCCGAUGUUUCUGCGGUCCUCGGGGGUGGCAGCCGCGGCGGCGUUCUCGUCGAGCCGGCUGAGGUGCGGGGAUCCCGAGGCGCUGCUGUCGCCGGAGAGGUUUAACCGGAGGUGAAAAGAAAGGAAGGGUUGAAAAUGUUAACAGUAUUUUCUGAAAUGAAUGGGAAUGGCCGGCAAGAGGACACGUGGCGGAGGGUGAUUGGUGAGACGGUUGAUCGGAGAUUGAUGGAGGGUGAGCUCAAGGAGGAAUUUAAUGGAGGUGGUCGCAUGCGAUUUAAUUUAAUGAGACGGUCUGGCAAUUUGUAGAGACUCAUUAAUGGGAUGGUAGGAAGAGCAUUUAAUUGGAGAGAGAACUAAGACAUUUCAUGCUGAGUGAGAAGUGAGGACUGAAGACUGAAGAGAGUUUUUUUUUUUUCUCUCUCUAAACUAUAUCAAUUAUUCUCUGUGCCUAUGGUCAGACUGUGGUGGGGAUAGAGGGUUUUAAAGAGGAAGCUCAUAAAUGAGUGAAGAAUUGGACUUUGCCACCCUUUUGUAUUUUCAUGUAGUACUAUCUUACAACCUCAAGAGGGUUUUGGCUUCUUGAUGAGGGGUUUUGGAGUUUUGUAGUGGUUUCUUUAUGGCACCGACUGAAAGCCCCCCCCCCCCCCCAUGUGUAAGGAUUGAAGAUGCAAAUGACAUGGUGGUGUAUUAGUUAUAGUGUGACCUAGGUGACUCUCUAGGUUUAUGCCCACAGACGCAAGGCAUUAAUUGUGGCAUUGGGUAUGCUGACAAGCAACAUUGGUUGAUUCGUUUAGUGUGUGACUCUGCUGUGAAUUUUUUCAUCGUCUGAUAAUUAAUGCCAUUUAUAAGAUUUUGAAUUUUGGAAUCUUUUGUGAUCAA